CUAUACCGUGUAGAAAUAGUUUUUAAAAUUGCUCUUCGCAUGCAUCGUUGAUUAAAUGCACGCACACAUACAUGCACCCAAUCGCAUGCGUAGAUGCACACAGAUUGAUAUGCUUGUUCUCUGGACGCUGAUGUUUGUUUGCGGUGAAAGGAAUAUUUGCUUCUGCAGGCUGGAUGAAAUGUGACGCAUCGUAAUCCCGGUGACAGCUGUGGAAAGAUGAGCCACAGACAGACAGAGACUGAGAGAGAGAGAGAGAGACAGGCAGCGGACAUGAUUAGAGGGACUGCGCCGUGACUCAACCAGACGCAUAGAAAAACUGGAGACUGGAAACUUUCUCGCUACGUCAAACUUUCUCUUUUGAAGCCCUAAACAGAGUGUUUUAGUCUCUAGUGCUUCAGUAAUGUGUUGUACCGUCGUUCUUCCUCUCAGGCGAGGUUAUGGCAGGUUAAACACCACCUGAGGGCUCGUGGCCCUCGCACACCUUUGGGGAAAACUGCAACUGUGGAUUAUAUAUAAGACUCGCUUGUGUGCAUGAGCGCUGUCAAUCACAGCCACUUCCUGAUGUUGAUCUCUGGCAGACUAAAGAUGUCUGACCCUGUGAACUGAGCUUGAGACCCGUUGACCUCUGUGUUUGACUGUAUUUAUGUGCAUGAAAGACAAACAGAAGGACGCAGCGUGUGCGUUUCUAAGUUGCUCGUGGCAAUGGGGAGUUCUGCGUCGUCUCUGACCACGGAUAGAGAAUCAGAUCACGGGUUUGGCACGGCUCCGUUCCCACCGGCCGCUCCGAUGGGCUGGCUCAGGACCAGCCACAGCAGUCCGGUGUGGGGAACCACGUUCAUCACCCGCCAGCAGCAGCAGCAGCAGCCUGUCCCUCAUAGAGAGCGCAGUCACUCUCAUUCUCCUGGUUCGAUGGCCGCAGUCGUGAGGAAUUCUGAUUGGUCAUGCGGGCGGUGCACGUUUCUUAACUCCAGCAGCUCCUUGCGCUGCUCUAUUUGUGAAGCUCCUCGGCAGAAGCCGGAUUUGAACCAUAUUUUGCGCCUCAGCAGUGCUGAGGAACCUCGAUGGUCCUGCCCCCGUUGCACUGUGUCCAAUCUCCAUGGAUUAGGCUCGUGUACUGUGUGUGGAGCAGCUCCAGUUACACCCAACGGACCCCUCCCACCCAAGCAGACCCCGCCCACUCCAGUAGAGCCCGCCUCCAGCCCAGAAGCCAAAGGUCCAGUAGCCAAUGGGGAGUCCCGGUGCGCUGAACCCAACGGGGAGGUGUCUUUAGGAGGGGAGGGGUCGUCAGAGUGGGCGUGUCCUCGCUGUACUUUAGUAAACACUCCGGUGGCGUUAUCAUGCUCAGCAUGCGGUGGUCCGAGGAAACUCUCCUUACCAAAAAUCCCUCCCGAAGCGCUAGUGGUCCCAGAAGUGCGCACACCUGUGGCGGGGUUUCCCACACAAACAGCAGGACCAUCCGCACCGCUUCUCAUUGAUCUAACUGAAGAUUCUCCACCCCAAGCACCAUCCGAAACCCCGUCUCCGCCCCCCGUCCCAUUUCUGCCCCCUUCCCUGUCCUCACUUCAAAAUAACCCUGUGCCUCGCAGCCGAAGGGAAGUCCCACCCCCUGGACGUCCUCCAAACCCUGCCCCCUCUCCAACAUCACCCUCAACAUGCCCACCUACCAAAUCCAAGCCCCUCCCACCAUCAGAUAACUAUCCAAUCAAGCGCCUCAGCAUGCUGGAAGAGGAGGAGCCUAACAAACCCGCCCCUCCAGUCACAUCACCGCCCUCUUGGAAGUGCCCCGGAUGCUCCGCCCCUACAGCUCCUCCUUCAUCAUCCGCCGGCCGUUGUGAUGCAUGUCGAAGGUCACGGCCGGGUUCGGGCGCUGACGUCAUAGAUGUACUUGGUGAGUCGGUGCGAUUCACGCCGGCGUCACCGUCCAGUCCGGACUUCAGCUCGUGGGGGUGUUCCAAAUGUACGUUGCGCAACCCAACGGGUGCAGACAACUGCACGGCCUGUGGAUCAUCCAAAUUGCAAGGUUUCUCUGAGCCGUCCAACAGCUCAUCUUGUUCUCGGAAACAACCACACUCCCACAUGCGUGCCUUUACUUCCUCCUCCUCUUCCUCCGUCUCGUCCCCGUUGGCGCUGGACAAGAGCGCCUCUCAGUGGACGUGUCCUGCCUGCACACUGUUGAACGAAGUGAGGAUGAAGCAUUGCGUGGCGUGUCACACUCCUCAGCAGUACCUCAAUCAGCGCAAAAUCACGAAGCCGCUCAAACGCCGGGAGAGCAUGAAUGUGGAGGCCCGCAGGCGCACGGAUGAGGGAGAAGCCAAGGAAUUGUUGGAAAAUAUUGUCAGCUUCUGUAGAGAGAACACGGUGAACUUCGUGGAUGACAGUUUCCCCCCCGGUCCACGCUCGGUCGGGUUCCCCGAAAACGACAGCGUCCAGCAGCGAAUCAAAAAGUGGCUCCGCCCUCACGAGAUUAACUGCAAUAACUUCAAGGAUCGUGGCGUGAAGUGGUCUGUGUUCAGGACGCCACGCCCCUCAGAUAUACUGCAAGGCCUUCUGGGAAACUGCUGGUUUUUAAGCGCUCUGGCGGUGCUCGCAGAGCGGCCCGAGUUGGUGGAGCGUGUGAUGAUCACCAGAACUAUAUGUCAGGAGGGAGCGUAUCAGGUGCGGCUCUGUAAAGACGGGACGUGGACCACGGUUCUGGUGGACGACAUGCUGCCCUGCGACGAAUACGGGUUCCUGCUCUUCUCACAGGCUCAGCGGAGGCAGCUGUGGGUCGCCCUGAUUGAAAAGGCUCUGGCGAAGCUGCACGGCUCGUAUUUUGCGCUGCAGGCCGGCCGUGCCAUCGAGGGUUUGGCGACGCUCACUGGCGCCCCGUGUGAAAGUCUGAUGCUGCAGGUCAGCUCAACCAACCCUCGAGAAGAGCCCAUCGACACGGACCUCAUAUGGGCCAAGAUGCUCAGCUGCAAAGAGGCGGGCUUUCUGAUGGGGGCGUCCUGUGGAGGCGGGAACAUGAAGGUGGAUGAUGCGGUCUAUGAAUCUCUGGGGCUCCGCCCACGACACGCCUACUCCAUACUGGACGUCAGGGAUGUCCAGGGCUACAGGCUGCUGCGUUUGAGGAACCCCUGGGGCCGGUUCUCCUGGAACGGCUCGUGGUCAGACGAGUGGGCCGACUGGCCGCAGAACCUGCGUCACGAGCUCAUGGCACACGGCAGCAGUGAAGGCGUCUUCUGGAUGGAGUACGGAGACUUCAUUAAGUACUUUGAUUCGGUGGAUAUCUGCAAGAUUCAUGCUGAUUGGCAGGAAGUUCGUCUGCAGGGCUGUUUCCCCAGCCGGGCGAAUAAACCGGUAACCGUCACCGCCCUCACGGUCCUGGAGAGAACCGCGCUGGAGUUCGCUCUCUUCCAGGAGGGCAGCAGGCGUUCAGACACGUCCGACAGUCACCUGUUGGAUCUGUGCAUCAUGGUCUUCCGGGCCUCGUUUGGGAACGGGAAUAAGCUGGUCCUGGGACGUCUGCUGGGGCACAGCAAGCGCGCGGUGAAGAAGUUCGUAGGAUGUGAUGUGAUGCUGGAGCCGGGAGAGUACGCUGUCGUCUGCUGUGCCUUUAAUCACUGGCAGAUGGACCUGACGGGGGCUUCGACACCAGUGUCCAGCCCCACCAACGCUCGCAGGCCCAGUCAGGAUUUCCCAGGGUACAUCUUGGCCAUCUACAGCUCCAGACAGGUGAUGGUGGAGCAGGUGGAGGCCGUGUCCACUACACUCGCCGACGCCAUCAUCCUGCUGACGGAGAACAAGGGAGAGAGACAUGAGGGUCGGGAAGGAAUGACGUGUUACUACCUGACUCACGGGUGGGCGGGGCUUAUCGUGGUGGUGGAGAACCGUCACCCGAAGUACUACCUCCACGUGUCCUGUGACUGUAGCGACAGCUUCAAUGUGGUGUCGACCCGCGGCAGCCUGAAGACCAUCGACAGCGUGCCGCCGCUGCACAGGCAGGUGCUGGUGGUCCUGUCCCAGCUGGAGGGGAACGCCGGAUUCUCCAUCACACACAGACUGGCUCAUAGGAAAGCGGCGCAGGCGUCUCUGGGCGACUGGACGUCUAGUAAAGCCACACACUCGCCCCAGCUCACGCCCGACACAGACGGACUGCACAGACCGCGGCCGCUUUGACACACGCUCACACACACACACACACACACACACACACACACACACACACACACACACACACACACACACAUAGACACACUGUCCAGUCUUGAAACCACCACGAUGAGUUCAGACCCAUGAUGAUGAAGAACACACACACAGCCACUGGGAGGGACUGGGUGGAACUACUGAGCCAAUCACACGUCUGCUCACUGAGCCAAGCCCCGCCCACUGCAAACCGUGUCAGGCGUGUCCUGAUGAGCAGCAUUCACAUCCAUCCUGGAGUCCUGUCACCAGACUUUACUUUCUCUCCCUGCGUUCAGUCAGACGUCAGAUCUCACCUAAUAUUGCACACGGCUCAUUUCACCAAGAAUUAAAAGAUUUUGUAUUUUUUUAAAUGGCAAAAUGAAGCCUGUUUUUAGGGAUUGUUAUUAUUAUUAAUUCAGUUUCAAAUAUAUAUAUAUAUAUAUAUAUAUAUAUAUAUAUAUAAUUUAUUUUAUUUUAUUAUGACAAUAAGGCACAUUUCCCCUUCUGUUCAUAUUAUUUUAAGACUCAUUUUAUUCAAAUGUAUUAAAUUGUUUGUCAUGUCAAUUCUUUUUUCCCCCUAAAAUUAUGUAUUUCUGACUUAAAAAUAGUAAAAAUAAUAAUAAUUGUUGUUAUUAUUAUUAUUAUUUUAGUGUCAAUUAUAUUUAACUUACAUGGCAAUUACGCACGUUUUUGCCUGAAAUCCACAUUACUGUAAAACUCCUGGCUUCUAGACAUUUCUGAUUUAUUUUAAUAUUGUUAUACUUAAUAUUAUUACUAUAAUUAGUUUCAGUUAUAUUAGAUUUUUUUCCCCCUUUAAUUUUCCCUUCAUAUCUGGACAUUUCACUUUGUUUUCAUUUUUUCUUUUUUUUAUGUAAGAAUAUGUUUACUAGAUGCUUAUUACUUCAAUACAUUUACAUUUAGAUUUAUGCAUUUAGCAGAUGCUUUUAUCCAAAGUGAUUUACAGUGCAUUCUGGCUAUACUAUUUGUUUUUUUUUUUGUUUUUUUGCCAGUAUGUUAAAUUAAAAACAAUAGUUUACUGGUUUUUUAUUUUAUUUUAUUUUUUAUUCAAACCACACUUAAGCAGUAAUACAAAUGUUACGAUUUAAUUUUAUUUAAUAUAAUUAGAAAUUAAUGUUAAUAUCAUAUCACUGAUUUUUCACAUUUCUAUAAUAAGGUUUAUUUUUUUUUAAUGUUUUUUAUUCAUCUGAAAUUGUGGAGGUGGGGGGAGGGUAUAUUAAAGGCCCUGAAUACAAUUUUAAUUUCCUUGUAUCUUGAUUCUUCCUUUAAUCUUAAGGUGAAAUGUGCCGAGUUCUCAACGUAUUUUCUGAGAUUUAGUUUUAAUGCCGUUCUGACAGCCAAUCAGCGGCCUGUUCUGUGGUCACAUGUUCUGUAUAGUGGUAAUGUAAGGACAAAUGGCGAUACUUGAUUUGAAUGGAAGGGUUUAUGUGUUUGACCGCACAUGUGGGAAGCAUCUUUUAACUUAUUAAUGCUGUGUUUAAGUAAAGAAGCACAAGAGAAGCUGCUGAACGCGAGCUGAUGUGCAGAGGCUCAUGGGAAUGUUUUCACCUGUGUUGGAAUUUACUUGUGCACUGAGCGUCUCCUGUGUGUUUUUCCUCUGAAUGUUGUCCUUCAGUGUCUCCCUCUGUUGGUGUGUGUUGGGCUGACGUCACACACACACACACACACACACACACACACGUUAUGUCUUUCUUUUGUAAAUUGUACAGCGCUGGUCCCCUCUGCACAAUCCCAUCAGAAGAACUCGCUGUAAUUAUACAGAUCUCUAUCGACCAGGAGUAUAAUAUGUAGAAUAUUUUAUUGAUUCUUGGACAAAAAAUAUAUAUAUAUAAAAGUUUAAAAUCUGUACGGUUCGUUUGCAAUCUCAGGUUCUGUUGGACCAAAUGAUUAAUAAAGUCUUUGCUUUGUUUCAUUUUUUUAAAUCAAGACACAUGA